AACCUUUGACAAGAUGACAGUCGAGGCGCGCAUCGCUACGCUUCAGCAGCACGUGCGAGAUGUACCUUCAGUCCGUUCCUCCAACGGACACCAUUGUCGCCUUGACGCUCGUGCAUCGCAUCAACCAGCUCUUUCUUCAGUGUCCAACCAUCGACGACCAUCGCGCCCUUGUGAAAAGUAUCGUGGUUGCCGUCCCGACACUCGUGCCCCGACUCGUGGAGCUCGUCACGCAGGGCGAUGUUGCUCCCACCAUGGUGGGGCUCCAAGCACUCUACCAUCUCAGCUGCGACACAUCGGGCGCGAUGCACGUUGUGCAUCACGGCGGUGUCGAGCUCUGCUUUGGCCUCUUGCCCAUGGCGACAACCAUGUUGUGCGCCAUGCUUCUGGACGUGCUCGACCAGCUCGUCGCCAUUGCACCGGCAGCAACAUUGCGCGUUGCAACGCUGCGCCACACGCGGCUGCUGCUGGCCAAAGUGCACGACGAGCGCCGCACGACCAGCAAUUCCGUCUCGUCGUGGGUGCCAGCCGCGCUGCGCCUCUUGGACUGCGCGCUGCACGUCCCCGCGGUCGCUGCCAAGGUGGCCACUCUCAACACGGCGCACGUGUACUCACUUCACGCGCUGAUGCCCCUGCCUCGACCGCUGGCACUGCGUGUGGAGCGUCUACUGUGCUCCAAAGAAGACGAGGAUUGCACCUAA